AUGGUUUACCCUCGAAGGCCCUUCUCAUCCUCCGCGUAUGGUGGCUUCAACCCUCCAAUGCCAACACUCUGGCAGAAGACUGCCUCGAAACUACUCGGCGGGAUGAUGUGGUUUUUCAUGUUUUACCGGAUCCGGGAAGAUGGUCAACAGGUCUUUUUGGGAAGACACCCAUGGGACCACGGCGCACACGGUGACAAGCUCAUACAAGCACAUGAUGAACCUGAUGAGCACAAAUGA